UAAAAUGGAGGGACCAGUUCAGGAUCUUGAGGCCCAGACCCACUUAAAGUGAGGACAUGAAGAAUCUACUUUGAAAAAGGAGAGAAAGAAGGAUCAUCAGGUUUUCAAAGACCUUUGUUCUUAUUCUGACUUUGAACAAAUUAGAUUAAACAAGGAAGGUCUGGCUUCAUUCGACACCAAAGUUGAAUUCCGACUGUUUUUUGGCCAACCAAAAGAUAAAGAGUUUAUAAGGAAGGUCGGGUCAAUCUCAUUCUUUACCUAUAAUGCGAUAACUUGUGACCAGUCCAGCAAUGGUCAUAAAUAUAUUAGUAAGUUCCUAAGCACUUCAUUCCCGAUUGAAGUGAAUGAGUUUGCAUUUAUUGGAAAGUUUGGAAUGAAGACUAAUAUCUCGAAGUAUUUCAAUUCUAUUAUGAGACUUGGCCACAGAGUCUUGAAAGAUGUGUUUUUCAGCAGGCUGAAACUAAAUAGACAUCAAUUAAAAAGAUUAUUAGCUUCUUUCAAACAUGUUAAAUGUUUCAGAAUACUUUCAUCCAAGCUUUGAGUUCCUUAUGUGUUUGAUCUUUCAAAAGCACUUAUAAACACCCAAAUCGCAAAGAUAAAUCUAAGUUAUUGAGGAGGCUCAGAUAAUUGCGAUUGGGGGAAUAACCCUCAAGAGUUUACAUAUUUAAUCCAAAGCCUUGCAACCUCAGAAGAUUUAAAGCUGACUCUCUCAGAAAUAAAUAUUAUUCUGUGCAAAAUCAAUAGAUCUGAAGCUAGACAGAUUUUACAAGAUAAUGAUCUAGGAUCAGUACAAUUAAUAGGUUAGUUACUAAAAUUGGACUAAGGUUCCCCCAUACCCUCGCACAAGUCUAUUUCACAGUAGUUUAUCUGCCAAAGCUUCAGCACAUAUUGAGGUAUAAUUCGAUGCACAGAAUGAGGUUAGUUAGCUCCUAGCCUUGACCAUGUAUUCAUGACAAUCGAACCUCCAUUUUGUCUU